AUGCCGGGGGCUGCGUCCGGGCCUCGCGGGGAGUUCAACGCGGCGAUGAGGACGCGGGACGGGCGGCCGAUCUCGUACGGCACCAAGUGGGACGAGCUGAGCCAGCCCAGCCAGGAGCUGCUGCUCAAGCUGGAAGCUGAAAUGGUGAAAAUUCGGGGCGUCAUUGUGGAACUCAAGAACUGCAACCGGCUUCAUGAUAGCAGGGAGGUGCAGGAGGAGAUUGAAAAGGACAUUGGGUCAUUGCGCCGCUCCCUUCAUGGCUCAGUUGAGCGAGUUCAAGUGGACAAAGAAGUUGCCAGUGGUGUGGAACAGAAAGUGCAGCAAGGAUUGAGACAAGUGCAGAAGGCCGCAAAGCUGCUGGACAGGGAGAAAGCCUGGGAGAAGAUGAAAAAGGAAUUUCAGCAAAACUCAUCAGGGAGUAUGUACUCUAGCGAGCUCGCUGCCCCAGUGGUGCUUCCGAACGAAUACCUUGCGGAGGCUGUUGGCAAUUUCGCCCAAAAGAUCGACAUGCUGCAAGCAUGGGCAAUGGAGCUGGAGAAAUUGGUUGUGGGAGCCAGGCCAGGGGAUGGCAUCAAAGAUUUUCAGGAGUCCUGCAAGAACAUGCACGACUUCUUUGUCCAUCUUGGGGCAAGGGUGGAGGCGAUGGCAACAAAGGUUGGCAAAGCCAAGGACGCCUAUUUGAUGACAAGGCGGCAACGAGGGGACUGUACCAACCCAUUUGAGGAAGCUGACAAUGUGGAGAGAUUGCGAAGCGAGAGGCACUCAUUGCUUGUGCGGCCGCACUCUGUGGCUGGGCCAUCUGGGGCUGGCGGGCAGAUGGCAGGCUCCCAACCACAGGCCUCAAGCACCUCCUGGCCAGCAGUGUCCUCAGGCACCAGCUCCUUCAGCCCCGGCUUUUCUUUAUCCCCCACCCCUGGCGGCCUCUUUGGCUCGUCUUCUUCUUCUGGAGGGUUUGGUGUGUUUGGCGCAACAACGUCGGCUGCUCCAUUUGGCAGCAGUCUCUUUGGAGGGUCUUCCUCAGCUUCAGCCUUUGGAGCAAGCACAGGGUUCGGGGGGGGCAAGCCUUUCUCUUCCCAACCGUUUGGGGGUGGGGGUGGGCUGUUUGGGGCAUCCUCCCCUGGAUUUGGGGGGGCAUGGGGAACUGGGGUGGGUGGCUUUGGGGCAUCCGAUCCGGGAUCAGCGAGGCAGAGGACCAAGAAUACGGGGGCGGGCAGGCGAAGGUGA